AUGUCUGAAAACGUAUAUAUUGUUGCUGCCACUAGAACACCAUUGGGUGCAUUCCAGGGUUCAAUUUCCUCAAAAACUGCUGUUGAACUGGGUUCGAUAGCUGUCAAAGGCGCUAUGGAAAGAGUGCCACAAUUGAAGGCAGAAUCAGAUUAUGAUGAAAUUAUCUUCGGGAAUGUUCUUUCUGCUAAUCUUGGUCAAGCCCCAGCAAGACAGGUAGCUCUUGGUGCAGGUUUACCUGACACCAUUGUAGCCUGUACCGUGAAUAAGGUGUGCGCUUCAGCUAUGAAGGCAAUCAUACUUGGUGCUCAAUCAAUUAAAUGUGGAAAUUCAGAUGUAGUCGUUGCAGGUGGUUGCGAAUCAAUGAGUAAUACACCAUACUACAUGCCAGCUGCUCGUUCAGGUGCAAGAUUUGGUGAAACGAAGUUAAUUGAUGGUAUCCAAAGAGAUGGUUUAAAUGACGCAUAUGAUGGUAUGGCUAUGGGUGUGCAUGCUGAAAAAUGUGCCAAGGACUGGAAUAUCACCCGUACAGAACAAGAUGACUUUGCUAUAAGCUCAUAUCAAAAAGCCCAAAAGGCUCAAGCUGAAGGAAAAUUUGAUAGUGAGAUAGUUCCUGUAACUAUUAAAGGCUUCCGUGGUAAGGCUGACACAGUGGUUACACAAGAUGAAGAACCGGCUAAAUUACACGUUGAAAAAUUGAGAAGUGCCAGAACUGUUUUUCAAAAGGAAAAUGGUACAGUAACGGCACCAAAUGCUUCUCCAAUUAAUGAUGGUUCUGCUGCUGUAAUUCUUGUUUCUGAGAGAAAACUCAAGGAAUUGAACAUAACCCCAUUGGCUGUUAUUAGAGGAUGGGGUGAAGCUGCUCAUGCCCCAGCUGAUUUCACUUGGGCUCCUUCCUUAGCGGUUCCAAAGGCGUUAAAACAUGCUAACAUCGAUGACAUAAAUUCUAUUGAUUUCUUUGAAUUCAAUGAGGCUUUCUCUGUCGUUGGUGUUGCGAAUCCAAAAAUUUUGAAAUUGGAUCAAUCUAAAGUCAAUGUUUACGGUGGUGCCGUGGCCCUUGGCCAUCCAUUAGGUUGCUCUGGUGCAAGAGUCGUAGUCACUUUAUUAUCUGUAUUGAGACAAGAAGCUGGUAAAUUGGGUGUUGCUGCUAUCUGUAAUGGUGGCGGUGGUGCCUCUUCUAUUGUCAUCGAAAAGUUAUAA